AUAUACCCUAGCAGACACACACACGCUGAACAGAAGCAAGUGCAGGAGAGAAAUGAGUCAAUAUGGAAGUUCUCAAGAAACACUGGGUUCUCCUGGCAGCGGAUUCUUCAGGUUGGAAAGACUACGGUGAUCAGGCCAAUGUGUGUCACGCUUACCAAGUCAUGCACCAGAAUGGGAUUCCAGAUGAACAGAUUGUAGUGAUGAUGUAUGACGACAUCGCUGAUCAUGAAAAAAACCCUGAUAAGGGUAAAAUCAUUAAUGUACCAAAUGGACCAAAUGUUUACACUGGGGUUCCAAAGGACUACACUGGAGCGGAUGUUACAGCUAAAAACUUUCUUGCUGUACUGCGUGGAGAUUCAUCUGCUGUGAAGAAAACAGGAGCAAAAAAAGUCAUACAAAGUGGCAGAAAUGAUACUGUGUUCAUCUACCUAUCAGACCAUGGAGGUCAGGGAUCAUUUAGCUCUCCAAAUUCUAACCUUCAUGCAGAUGACCUCAUUAAUACAGUGACAGCAAUGGCAAAGGCAGGCAAAUUUUCAAAGAUGGUGAUUUAUAUAGAUGCGUGUUAUUCUGGUUCAAUGGUGAAGAAGCUGGAUGAGCUGAAGGACAGCAACGUGUAUGCAGUUUCUUCAUGCAGGCCUGAUAAAUGCAGCUAUUCUUGUUACUAUGACCAAAGCUUAAAGACUUGUCUUUCUUCUUGUUUCACUGCUCACUGGCUACAACACACAGAGACAGUAAAACUCAACACAACCUCAUUUGGAGAUCAGUUUUCUUACCUGAAGAAAAGUGUCAGCGAGUCUAAGAGUCAAAAGGGAGAUACACAGACACCAUGUAACUACGGUGACAUGAACAUACGCAAUUUAAUGUUGAGUGAAUUUCUUGGUGAGACCCUGGAAAGGCAAUAUGAUGAUCUUAUACAAGUGAGUAAACCUCUUCCACUUCUACUGAACUGCUGUUUAUAUUUAAAGUUCUUCAUUCUGAAUAGAAAUAUGAAGGAAACAUGAACAUAAUAAACAGCCCCACCCACAAAAAGGGUACAGAUCAGGGUCAGUUAGAAGGGUCAUCUAGAUAGAUAAUAAAUAAAUAUGGACAAAAAGGACAA